UAACAGGUGUCUGUGUGUGUGUGUGUGUGUGUGUGUGUGUGUGUGUGUGUGUGUGUGUGUGUGUUUGUUUUUACAUCGUUGUGUGGACCGCAGCAUGUUAGCACACUCACAGUGUGGGGACCAAAAUUUAUGUGGGGACCAAAACCUGGUCCCCACAAAAAUUACUUCAUUUUCAGUGUAAAGAAGCUCAAAGAAAUGCCCUGUCAAAUUUUCAGCAUGGACCCCAUUAUACCGGCAUUGGACAAAAUGUGUGUAAGUGUGCUUAGGGAGGAGUAACUCAGUACUGCCUACUAGGGGCAUGUGGUGGUAUUGCAGGAACACACACUUGUAGCUUUAGAACACACACUGCGCCCAACUGAGCAUGCUCAAACAGCUGGCGGCCAUGAUGGCUAAUAUCUAGAUUAGCUGCUAACUAGCUAGCUAAUUAUCUGUAAAACAAAUUGACUAUAAUUGGAACUAGUUGGUGAUGUACAACUAUAUUAUUCACAAAGAAUUUUAGACUACACUGACUACAGUUUCAGAUAAACUAAUACACAUUAUUUUUAUCGGUUUACACAAAAGUAGAGGUUAAGGAAUUAGCCAUUUACAUGAUAUGAUUUGCGAUUAGCUAAUGAGAUAACUGGUGGAACAGGACAAGUAGAUCUUCAUAUAUAAGAACUUCACAGAAAAAAAGUCAACUGUUCUGUAAAUGUAACAUAGCCAUGUUGUUGUAAUCAAAACUAAUAAGUCUCUAUGAAAUGCUAGCUAAUACUUAUCGGACGAAAAAUAAUAACAUGCAUUUGUGUAUGCUGACAUGCCUGGUGGGUGGAACUGGGGAGGCAAUACUAAAACAUUGUCACCACCCAUGCAAGAUGCGCUCACUAUUCAAACAAGUAUCCCUAAAAAGUGUUAGCAUAGGACGAAGAGAACUGAUUAGUAAGAAGCACAUGGUGAAGAAAGAAGCCUCAAACAGACGUGCAACAGGGAUAUUACUGUAACGGUAAGUCAAGCCUACAGAUAUAACCAAGUUAAGUCAACAUUAAAACCAAUAUGAUGUUUCUAAAACACUAGUUGUUUAUUUUUUUUAUUAUUUUAGUCCUUUUGGCUAGCUAGCUAGCUAACUAGCUAGGAAUGGCAUGCUAGCAAUGUGCCCAACUAGGUUACCUUUAAUUUAUUACUUCAUCCAAGCAUCAUGUACUUGAUUUAAAACACCAGUUAGGAUUCUUUUAUUAAUAAAAAACGAACUGUAAUUAAUAUCACACAGUUGACAUAGUUAGCCCUAUUGGUUGAGAUUUUUAUUGUUAUUUAGCUCAGUAUACUGUAAUUUAGAUUGAAUUGAAGCUACAUUAGAUAAUGCGGUUAAUUUAGGUACCUGUAUGACUGUUCUUAGGUUUAAAACUAGCUAACUAACUUACUAUAAAUCCUAUACUAGCUUGUAUGUGGUAACUGCAGCCUACACAGCAUUAAGUCAUAUUCCAUUGGUUACAUUGGUAUUUUGAAUGCAGGAAUAACAAUGGCCACAAUAAGACGAAGGAACACGCCAUUAAAAGAUGCUAUUGCACAUGCUACCAGGGCCAUUGACAAGGCAACAGAGUUGGAGGUGAAAUAUAUUAACUCUUUUAAAGGUCGAGGCUUGUUUGCAAAGGUCCCUUACCAAAAGGGAGACUUUAUAGUUGAAUAUAGAGGAGAACUAAUCAGUUCACAAGAAUCUGAAAGGAGAAGGGGGAUUUACCAUAGUAAAUGCACUGUUUUUAUGUUUGACUUCUGCUGGAAAGAAAGAAUGUGGUGUAUUGAUGCAGCGCAAGAAGAUGACAGUCUUGGAAGACUAGUCAAUGAUGACCACAUCUAUCCAAACUGCAAAAUGAAGAGGGUCAUAGCAGAGGGCAAGCCACAUCUUUGUCUUUUUGCUCUGAGAGACAUUAAGGCUGGAGAAGAAAUAACGUAUGACUAUGGGGGAUCUGAUUGGCCUUGGAGAAAACAGGCUAAAGUGCAAGAAACUGCAUCUGAUACACUGUCAUCAGAGGAGGUUCCUCAGAGUCCUUCCCCCUCCAAGAUGCAGGCUAAAGUGCAAAAUACUGUAGCUGAUACACUGUCAUCAGAGGAGGUUCCUCAUAGCCCUUCGUUCUCCGAGAUGCAGGCUAAAACACAAGAAACGGGCGCUGAUACACUGUCAUCAGAGGAGGUUCCUCAGAGCCCUUCCGUCUCCGAGAUGCAGGCUAAAACACAAGAAACUAGCGCUGAUACACUGUCAUCAGAGGAGGUUCCUCAGAGCCCUUCCGUCUCCAAGAUGCAGAGAAUGUGGAUGUACAUGAGGACAAUGACAGUGGAGCAGCAUGUGGGUCAGGGUCACAAGAGAGUGUGGAUGUACUUGACGACGGCAUCAAUGGGGCAGCAUGUAAGUCACAAGAGUGUCUGGUUAAAUGUAAUCAGACUGAAGAUGGCAAGGCUACACUGACGGAUGUUAGUGAUUCAGCACCACAUCAAAGUUUCAUGGCUACAACACAUCAUAAGUCACCAAAACAAAUAGGUCGCCAAGUUUUCAAAAGAAGGAAAUGGGAGAAUGAAGAGGUACAAGUUGUUUGAAAGACAUCUGAUGCACUUCAUUACCUCAUGCCGUGUUCCAGGAAAACUUGAAAUUGAUAAGUGUCUUGGGGGUUGAAAAUGUG